AUGAAAGAAAUUAUUUUCCUACCAGAGGAUAUGGUGAAGACCCUGGGAAGUCUGGACAGGGGCAAAGCGACGCAUCCGGAUGAAAUCCACCCGAAACUGCUUUGGCCUCUAGAGAGUAUCCUGAAAGCCCCCUUAGCUCGCCUGUUCAAUCAGUCCAUGGUGGCAGCCACUUUGCCACAGAACUGGAAAGUUGCUGCUGUGACCUCCAUCCAAAAAGGAGGCCACAGGGAGCUGCCCACCAACUAUAGACCGGUCAGCUAA